AGUCAGUCUACGCAGCUGUGCAGUUCUGUUGUCGAAUGACAACCUGUUAGGUUUGGCCGAAGGUGCGAGCAGAACCACUGAGAGCAGCGAUGACUGCCGAACCGAUUCGCUCUGCUCUGGGCUCCGUCUCGAUGGAUGACACCUCGCUGGUCCUGCCGUCCGACAAAAAACAGCGGACGGGAGAGCAGCGCGUGCUGGAGCAGGUUAAAAGCAUUAAGAGAAGCAAAUCGAAGAUGGUUAAGAGUGACUCCAUUCCGUCGCCAACAACUCCGGCGUCAGCGACAGAGUUCAGUGAGCCGAAAUUCCAGUUCUCACCUACAAAUCUGAACGGGACGCUCUUCAAAUACAGCGGCUCCAGCAUGAUGACAACCCAGAGCAGAGUGUCUGGUCGCAGCUUAUCUGUGCACAACACGGUGAGAAGACAGUCCCAGAACAGCCAGUGGGACUCUCAGAUGAACUGGAAUGUGCAGUCUCAAUCCAAUGGGAUGAAGUCCAGUGGCAGCGACCCAGCCUUGAGUAAGACAGGUGCCGCAAAUACCCAGAAGACCAAGGAGAUGUCAUCUACCGUGCGAUAUAACCGCGCAACUGCACGAUCUAUGAAGCUGGAUAAUAGCACAAUGAUCAACGCCAGCCGAUCACAGACCGUGAAGAAAAUCACCAAGAGCAAAUCAGAAGCUUCGGGUGCAAAUGGUGCCACAGGAGCAAUACCUGACAUCACUCUGCAGGAAGCAGUGGAGUAUCUGACUCACUCGGAUGUGAGCUAUCAGCUGUGUGGAGCUUCAUUCAUACAGCAUCAAACCUUCAAAGAAGACACAGCCAAACAAGAGGUUUGGCGGAUAGGAGGGAUUCCUGCUCUUGUACAGUUGCUGAAAAGUGACAAUUCACAGCUGCAACAGACAGCCGCCGCUGCACUGCGCAACGUGGUUUUUAAAGAAAAUGAAAUCAAACUUGAGGUGGAAAGUUGUGAAGGACUAGAAGCCAUUCUGACCUUACUCAGAAACACCAAUGUAACAGAAACCCAGAAACAACUUACUGGUCUGUUGUGGAAUCUGUCCUCGGCUGAUGCGCUGAAGCCAGAGCUGAUCAGGAAUGCCCUGCCCAUGCUUACAGAAAGCAUUGUGGUGCCAUUCAACUUUUGGACUGACAGCAACACCAACAAACACAUUGAUCCUGAGGUCUUCUACAACACCACUGGCUGUUUAAGAAACCUCAGCUGUGCUAGCGAAAAGGAGAGGAUAUCUAUGAGGAACUGCACGCGACUUAUCGACUCUCUCAUGACUUAUGUUCAGACUCAGGUGGAAAGAGGAGAGUCAGAUGAUAAGUCAGUGGAAAACUGUGUCUGCAUACUCCAUAACUUGAGCUACCAGCUGGAGAAAGAGGCUCCUGAACACUUCACACAGUUCUCUAUCCCUGAUGGGAGCCCAAAUGAGAACAUGAACAAAAACAGCCUCUUCAGCCCCAGGAGCACCAAGACUCAAAAGAAGUUCAGCUUCCCAGCCAUGGAGGAGGGUGAGCCUGAAGGAGUGAAAUGGUUGUACCACCGAAAGUCCCUGCAGCUGUACCUGACUCUGCUGGGCUCCAGUCAGAAAGAGGCCAUUCUGGAGGCAUGCUGUGGAGCUCUGCAGAACCUCACUGCUUCAAAGAGCCCUUUGUCCACUGUGAUGAGCCAAAGCAUCAUACAGAAGCAGCAAGGCCUGUCUGUCAUUUCCCCCCUGCUGAAUUCUGCAAACUCUGGCCUACAGAAGACCGCCAUGUCCUUAGUGGGCAACAUGUCUAGGGUGACAUCUCUACGGAGUACUAUGGCCAAGGAAGUUCUUCCCAAAGUCAGCUCUGUGCUCUUGGCUGUGACCCCGAAAAUGGUUGAAUCGGACAGCUCCAUCGCUACAGCGUGCCGUGUGAUGCACACACUCAUGCUGGCAGAUCCUGAGAGUGGCAAGAAGGUGUUGAACUCAAAACUCAUUGACUCUCUGAGCUUGCUGAGUACAAAUGUAUUAUACGAGACAGCCAGAAAAGCUGCUGCAGUUCUUCUCUGGAGUAUGUGGGGACAAAAAGACAUCCAGAAUGUGCUGAAAAAGCAAGGGAUGAACAAGGACACAUUUAUAAAUGAUGUCACUGCUACAGCGUACAAAGCAGCAACAAUCAUGAAAGGAUACUGAGAGAUGUGCAGUUUUGCAGUUGAGGUCUCCUGGAAGCCACAAAGAGAGUAGCUGGAUUUGGAAAUACACUCCUGCCUACAUAUAUUGCAUUUUGGGUACAGAUUUAAAGGGAAAUAAUUCCUGGAGAUUUUUUGCCAAAAAGUUGCUUUAACCCAAAUGAUAUUCUUCCAUGGAACUAGAGGGCUGUCAAGUGCCAAAAUAACAAAAAGACCAAUAAAAUGGUCAUAAAAGUG